AGAAGCACUAAUGGAGAAGGACAUCAACGGCUGCCAGGAUGGGGCGAAGACAGAGCCAAGCGCCAGGCUGGGCACCGAGGGGACAGAGACACAGCUGGACGAUUUUGUGGGUCCUCACCCUGACUACAAUGAGGAGGAAGAAGAGCAGAAGUACUUUCGCCGCAAACGCCUCGGUGUCAUCAAGAACGUGGUGGCUGCCAGCCUGGCUGGCACCCUCACUUACAGCGUCUACCUGGGUCUGCUGCAGAUGCAGCUGAUCCUUCACUAUGACGAGACCUACCGGGAGGUGAAGUACAGCAAUAUCCGGUUGGAGGACAUUGACCGCAAGGUGCUGAUGGGCAUCAAUGUCACACCCGUGGCAGCACUGCUCUACACACCCAUCCUCAUCAGGUUCUUUGGCACCAAGUGGGCCAUGUUCCUGGCAAUUGGCAUCUACGCCCUCUUCGUCUCCAGCAACUACUGGGAGCGCUACUACACGCUGGUGCCCUCUGCAGUGGCCAUUGGCAUGGUGAUCGUGCCCCUCUGGGCCUCCAUGGGCACCUACAUCAUGCGGAUGGCCCAGAAGUACUACGAGUACAUUAACUACAAGGAGGAGCAGGAGAAGGAGAAGCAGCGGGCACCACGGGACGCCUGCAAUGCCUACAUCAUCAUCUUCCAGACCAUCUUUUACUCCUGCUUCCACUUGAGCUUUGUCUGCGCUCAGAUGCCCAUGGUCUUCUUCCUCAACAACUACCUCUACCAACUCAACCACACGCUCUUUGCAGUGAGGCACUGCGGGACCCUGAGCCACGGCACGCUGCCUGGUUUCAACAAGACGGUGCUGCAGAGCCUUCCCCGCAGCGUCAACCUCAUCAUCGUGGAGAGCGCCUUGAUGGCCGCCGCCUUCCUCGCCAUGCUGGUGGUGCUGGUGCUGUGCGGCGCGGCGUACCGGCCCAUGGAGGAGAUCGACAUGCGCAGCAUCGGCUGGGGCAACAUCUUCCAGCUGCCCUUCAAGCACAUGCGGGACUAUCGCCUGCGGCACCUCUUCCCACUGUUCAUCUACAGUGGCUUCGAGGUGCUCUUUGUCUGCACGGGAUUUUCCCUGAACUACGGCGUGUGUGCCCUCGGGCUGGAGAGGCUGGCGUAUCUUCUCAUGGCCUACGGCUUCUCCGCCUCGGUGUGCUCCAGCCUGGCCCUGUGCAUGCUGCGCCUGCGCCGGCACAUCCCGCUCCUGGCUGGAGCCCUCAUCCACGCUGUGCUCCUGGUGACGCUCUUCUGCUGGGCGCCGGAGCCCCGGUACCUGGCGCAGGCACCGCUGCUCUACAGCAUUGCCGCGCUCUGGGGCACCGGCAGCGCCCUCAACAAGACCGGAAUCAGCAUCCUCCUGGGGAUGUUGUACAAGAAAAAGGAGCGCCAAGACUUCAUCUUCACCAUCUACCAUUGGUGGCAGGCCCUGGCUAUCUUCGCCGUCUACCUGUGGUCGGGGCUGCCCAUGAAGGCCAAGCUGUCCAUCAUGCUGCUGACGCUGGUGGUGGCGGUGGGAACAUACCUGUGGAUGGAACGGAAGGUGGCGUGGAACAUGGAAGUGCGGCUGCCCCGCAUCCCACGCCCACGCCACAAAACACGUGGAUACCGCUACCUGGAGGACAACUCGGAUGAGACUGGCUCUGACGGUGACGGGGACAAGGAGGAUGAUGACAGGCACCCAACUGAGGCCACCAGGGAGGACGAGCUGCCAAAAGAGGACGGGGAGCUGCUGGGAUAGGGAGAGCCUGUCCUGGGCCUGCUCUUGGUACCUGAGGGGGUUCCACAGCUCCCCCCGGUGGGCCCAAAAUUCUACAAACCCCCUCAGGUCAGGCUUGCAGCCCCCAAGCUAAGCCUAAAGCCCCCAGGCAGCCCAGAUCCCCCCACAUUGGCUGAAGGACCCCCACUGGCCCAUGGAUCCCCUAGGUCAGGUCCAGAACCUCCAGAUUGAUCUACAGCCCCCAGCUUGUGGUACAGACCCCAGACAGGCCCAUAGCCCCCCAAAUUAUGAUGUAGCUGCUCAGGUCAGACCUGCAGGCCCCGAUGCCAGCCCCAGAGCCCC